UGUACCGGUCUGGGCCGUGGUCAAAACCCGGGGCGGCGCAGCGCGCAGGCGCGCGGCCCUCCAUGUUGGCCCCGCCGCGUGACAAUAACACAGUGCUGCCCCGCGUUGCUGCCACCUAACGCCUCGUUUCUCUUCGUGCGUCAACUGUGAUGAAGAUGAAUGACCAUGAAUGACUCUGGGGACAGGAGCAUCAAGGCUGUAGACAUUCCCCUAAGUUCUUCUGUGAGAGAACACCCACACCGACUGAGAGUGAAGUAUUAAAUGUUAAAUUCAGAAAACACUCAUGAAGCAUCAUUUGGUGCAGCAACUGAGUUAAAGGGAAGAUUGACAGUGCACCUACCUCUCCAGUAAGCAGUUGUAGUGAAGGUCGGCACCCUACAUUGUCCAACAGAAUAAUAAUGGAGACUCCCAAGAAUACAAAAGCCAGUAGUGCAGAAAACUCUAGUUCAAAGGAGAACAGUUCAAAAAAGUCUUUUGAGUCAAAGGAAACCAAGGUAGAAGCUGCUGCUGGAACUGAGGAAAGUAAAGAGAAGCUUAAGGAUGAAUCAAAUGACCAGACAUCACUUGCUGAAGGAUUUUGUGGGUUUGAUGAAAAGGAUAACCCAGUCCAGGCCAGGAGCACCAGAGAGGCAAGCAGAAAUGCAACAGUUAACCUGACCAAGAAAUCUUCAGCCAAAUCUGAGAAGACUGAAGGAAAAAAUGAUUCUCCUCCUGACCUGGUCUUGUUCUUGAAGGAGGGAAGAGGACGUGCCCAAAGCUACAGUGAGCCACCAAGACUUGACCCAGAGAGCAUAGCAACUCGGAGAAGGACCAGAGUGCCUGAGGACCCAGUUGCACUAAUCUCCAAGGCAAAGUCAGCAUCGGCAGAGAAAACAAAGAAGGACCAGAAGGGAUUAAUCAAGAAAGAGAGGAAGACUAAAGUGAUGGACACACCUGAAUCCCUUAAGAGAUUAGCAAGGGAAGGAAGCAGACAAGUACAGACCACAAGCAAAGAGUCUUCAGAUAGUGGGAGUGAGGAGAAAGCUCUUAAAAAGGUGUACAGCAAAAAGAAUUCAGAAGGGGAUGUCAAGGUGAAGUCUGCAGGUACUUCUACAAGGUCUGAGGAGGAGCAGGCAGCUAGCAUCAGCAGAAAGAAUAGCAGAGGAAAGAGGAAUUCAGCUGAUAAACCAGAAGCAGAGGUUGUGGCAGAAAACAGGGCUACCUCACCUGCAAAAGACUCACCUGAUGAGCUAAUAAACUACUCCAACCUUGGGAGCAUCCUGAAUAAAAUGAGCAGAAAUGUUGCUGAUAAAAGAAUACCAGUUGUGAUUAUGUCAAAAUCUGAAAAAGAAACAAAAACUGACUCUGCUAAGCCCAAGAGCAAAAAGAGAGCACCUCCUGACACAGCCUUGAGCACAGCUGUACUGAAGAUGGCUUCUCCUAUAAUUCCACCAUUCCUAGAUGAUGAAGAAACUAUCUCAGGGUCAGAGGGUGAAUGUAGUACUCCUAAACCAGAGGAUGAGAGGUGUGGAAGCCCUUCUAGCACAGGCACCAUCAGUGAUUCAGAAACUGAUGAAAAUGUCAUUGUUUUGAAGAAGAAUUCUGAUGUGAGAAGUGAAGAAGAAAACAGAACGUCAAAUGCCACAAAAACAGGGAGCAGCCCUUCUAGUGACCCUGACAGCAGUUCACGUGAGAAGGUAGAUGUUAAGCAGAAUAUAAUUUCUGACAACAAGGAGCAAGCUAAUACUGAUAAUGAGUCAUCCCAAACACCAGGAACAAAAGAGACUGCAAUCAGUGAACCUUGUGAGUCAGGUGCUUUAGAUGCAGUUCAAGUCAGUUCUUCCUAUAUUAAACUCUCCUCAGCUGCCUCAUCAGUUUGGCCAGGAACAGUCACGAUGCCCAUCAGGUCUGGCCAAACCUUCAAACCUAUCAGGCCAAGUCUCUUAUUGCCAAAACCUGUAACUUCACUAAUUAAACCAAAUCUCGUCACAUCACUUAGCGAACUCAACACUGACACCUCACCUAUCAGUUUAAGUCAACUUGUGUCACAGGUCACAUCCAGUCAAAGCACAUCACUCAGUAAGACAAGUUCCAUUGCACCAUAUGCCAAAUCUAGUCCAAUCACCCCACUCAUCAGGUCAGUUUCUGUUGUGCCAGAGGUCAAAACCACUUCAGGCACACCACCCAUCAAGCCAAGUCUUGUUGCAUCACAUGCCAAACCCAGUCCAAGCACCUCACUUGUGAACCCAAUUUCAGUAGUGUCUGAGGUCAAAUCCAGUUCAGUCCCUUUACCUAUCAAGCCAAGGGCACUUCCGUCACAAGUCACACCUACUCCAAGCACUUCACAGGUCAAGCCAAAUUUAGGUGUGUCACAUUCCAAACCCAGUCCUGUCACCUCACAAAUCAAGUCCAGUUCAUUUAUGUCACAUCAUACACAUGUCAAACCCACUCUAAGCACCUCACCCAUCCAGUCAAAUCCAUUUAUGUCACAGGUGAAGUCCAAUCCAAGCUCCUCACCUGUUUGGUCAAAUCUGAUCAUGUCACAGGUCAGACCCGGCCUAGUGUCCUCACCUCUCAAGUCCAGUUCACUUUUUUCACGUGUAAAACCCAGUCCAGUUGCCUCACCCAUCAAGUCGACCCUGGUUGUGUCACAGGUCAAGCCCAGUCCAGUCUCUUCACCUCUCAAGUCCACUCCAAUUGCAUCUAUCAAAUCUAGUUCCAUCAUCUCACCCAUCAAGUCUGGGUCAGGCACCUCAUCAUGUCUCCCGGGUCAGAAUGUUCCUUCAUUUGUGGGUAGUAAACCAAAAGGAUCAAUGAAAAUGACCAACUUGGCAUCAAGUAAAAUGGGUGUCAAAGCAUCAUCAAACAUGAAGGCAACGUCAACUACUCAAACCCCAAAACGAGAGAUUACUGCCAAGCAAGAUUCCUACAAAUGUUCUCAAGUCUCUGCAUCAGAGGCAUCCGGCUCAUUGUCCUCAAAAGAUCCCAUACUGGAUUAUACAGACAUAGAGACAGAGGAAGUAGUUCUUGGUGAGAAUGAGGACUCUAGUGGACAAAUAGACAAGGUGGGUGACAUGCCAGCAGGAAUAGACUUGCUGGCCCAUGAGGAGCUAGAAAGUAGCAGUGAGGAGGAUGCUGUCAAGAUUCCUGAUCAACCAGUUGUUCCAAAGAAGGAAUCAUUGUCGCCUGAAGGCAGAGUUGCUUUAGACCAUUCGUAUUCUUCAGGUGGCUCUGGCAGCUCAAGAAAAAAGUCCCCCACUACUUAUGAAAAGAGCCUGACUCCACGACCAGUAUACAGCAAUGCCAGUCCAGCAAAGAGGUCCCUGGAUAUCAUGCUGCACAAUGAUAAGAUCAAUAUUCUGCGACAAAUGAGCCAGAUAUUCAACGAUGAGAAGCCACCUCUAGAGAUUUUCAGUGAUGAAAAGGACACCCAGCCAGACACUGAUAAUUCAAUGUCAAGUUCUGAUGGAGAUGAGGAAACAAGUACAGUUAUUAGACAAACUGAAGAAAAUACUACAACUAUGUCCAGCACCAAAACCACUAAUAAUAUCUCUGCAGACCCUGACAACAAAGAUGUAAAAAUGAAGAAAAUAACAAAAUCCAGUACCAUGAUUCAGGAAGAUGGUAACUCUUCUGAGGCCAUGUCCAGCAAACCUUUGGCAGUAGAGCAGGUUCCCAAGCCAUCAGGGGCUUUUGGCACAUCAUCUGAAGUCAGCUCCUCAGAGAAUGUAUCCUCUAACCAAGAGAAGACAACUGAAGUCCAGAAAACCCCACCACAAAAGGAUCAGAAUGGAAAAAAUAUAUUGCAAGAUGCCGGUAAUAUUAUUACAGACAGUCCUUUCCUUGGGUUCCCAGACCCUGAUCCUAAGGUGCAUCAUGUGCCUGCAUACUCCCCCUCUCUUAAUGAGAAGAUCUCGGUGCAGAGCAAGGUGGGGCCUUCAGGCGAAGUAAUUGAUAUCGUGGAUGGCUUCUCCUUUAUGUCGUUCUCCUCAGAAAAUGAAAUGAUGUCAUACGAUGGCACAUACAGUGGUAAAACUAUGAAAACUCGCCAUUGGCUAAAGAGAAAACGAAGGAGACGCAAGAGGUUAAUAAGACUGAAGGGACGGAGAAUGUACCCCAAGGUGUUACGUGAAGAACCAGGUCCAAGUGUGGCUGGGAGUGCUGCCUCUCCAAGGGAAAGGGGAGCCACUGCAGAGUGUGGAGCUUUUGCUAGUGAUGACUUGGACAGAUUUUUGGUUAAGAAUUCACAUUUGAACAUCAGUUACCCGAUUCCUAAAUGCAAAGUCACAGAAGAUGGAGUAACCAAAAUUGAUGAAGAGGUUUUGGAACCCACCCCAACCCCCCAAACCCCGACCCGUCCCAUGUCACCUCACUCACCUUAUGCCCCCGACUCAUCCCCCGGCUCACCGAGUUCGCCCCGCGCUGAGGUGACACCCAGCAGCACCCAGAGUGUGACCCCUGUGAAUCCCAACUCCAGUGCAGUUGAACACACUGGAGCAGAAGCUGUUCCUCAGUAUGAAGAGGUGAAUGCAAUAGACAUCCUCUACCCAAAAGAGAAGUACAAGUACUACUACAACAAAGAGUUAUGUAAAGAGACAAAAGCAGAUGGCUCCAAUGUCUUUGUGCAGAGAGCAGGGAAGUUGGUUCCUCUUACAACAAUUUUCAAGAGCCAGAAGUCCCCUUCAUCAGAACAGCCUGGCACUACCAACAAACAGUCUGUUGAACUUGUUUAUGUGUAUGAUGGUGGGAAGCUGCUAACCCUGGGAGGGUCGCUCACCAAAAUUAAUCCCUCCAAUUCUGAUUGUGUUCGGGCAAGGGUGGUGCUUCCCAUGGGAGUGCCACCAAUAACAAAGGGAGAAACUGUUGCAGCUAGGGCUAAGAAGGUUCAGGCAGUAGAGAUUAAUGAAGACUUGGCUAAAUUUGCUCUCUCAGCUCUGCAGAGUUCUCACCUGAAAUUAGAGCAAACUGCUGAUACGAAAGGAGACAGUGAAGAACUUCCUCCUUUGCCUGGACCAAGUUCAGACAAAGGGAAUGAGGAGGAGAUGGAUGUAGAUACUCCUCCAGUAGUUCCAGUGGAUAAGGUUGAAGAAACAGAUGCUCCUAAGAUUGUUCCAAGUCCUUUACCCAUCAAGCCCACCAAGAGAAAUAUCUUGGAUAUCAUUGCUGCCAAGUUGGCCAUGUCAGAUGAUGAAAGUGAUGGAAAGGAAGAUGUUGAGGAGAAGGAUGCAUUUGGUGAUGUGAAAGAGUCUGAUAAAGGAAUUGAUGUGGAUAUCAGUCAAAUCACCAAGCAUGUGGUCGCAGGAGGGAAGGAGGAAGGCAAAACUGUAAAAAAAGAAGAGGAUGACGAGGCAAAUAUUGAUCAGGGAAGCAUAGUAACCUCAGUGGAGGGCAAGAUUCCAUUGUUGAAGCAGGAAGACCUAAAGGAGGAAAAGCCCAACGAGGAAGUAGCAACAAAACCUGAAGUCUCUGUGCAGAAAGAAGAUAUGAAAACAGAGACUGGAGUAGAGGAUGAUGUGACACAAACAACAAAAGACACACAAAGAUCCUCAGCUAGGAGAGAAAAAGAGGAAGAAGAUGGAAAUGAAAUUGUUUAUGUUGAGAAAAUCAGGGAAGUGAUUGAUCUUGAAAACUCAGAAAAUAAUUACCCUGAAAGUGAUACUAAUUUGGAAGAAAAACAUAAGAAAGAUGGAGAGAGCAAGCCCAUAACUAAGAAAGAAGAAAACGUAAAAAGUAAUCUCAUGAAUCUGAAGGAAACCCAUAACAAGAAUGAUGGACCUCAAGAGCAGAAAAACUUGAACACCUCAGAGGCAGGGGAUAAUAAGGAACCAGCUGUCAGGGAGGAAGAAAACAUAAACAGUGUAAAAAAGCAGUCUGUAAACCUUGACAGAAAGGAAAUAGGAGAAAGCAAAGCAGCAGUUGUUGAGAAGAAGGAAAACUCGGCUCUGAUUGAAAGGGAGACGGUAACAGAAACAAAAGCUUCAGCAGCAGUUGAUGAGGAAAAUACUGGCAAUCCAUCAUCAGAGACAUACAAUGACGAGGCCCUAGAGAGCUUACCUAGUAGUGGCAACACCAGUCGAGCAGAAUCUGUCAUUAAUGAAGCCCCAAGGAGCAGCUUAUUAAUGUCAUCGCAGGAAUCAGGUGACAAGACAGACAUGGAGGAGAAGGCAGAAGGUUCCCUCGAGAGUGGCGGUCAGGAGGCUUUUCGUAUGGACAUCAAAUCCAAGGUCUUUAAGAAGAACAUGUACAGGUUCCCCUCACUGUCACGGGAGAUGAAGCGUCUCAACAUGAACUUUGUCAACUAUGAACCACCGCCACAAGAGGUUGCCUCCGAGGAAAAAGAGGAGGUAGUUCAAGAAGUGAAAGGAGAUUGUAGCAAUGAGCACUGCAAGCUUGGAUGUGUCUGUGACUCCCUGUUGUGUCAGCGCAAAAGUGUGGAGCACUGUGGGCGUAUUGAAUGCAUGUUUGAGUGUACGUGCCGGGAUGAGAGUUGGAAGCUUCCCUCUGGCUCAGGGAGGACCAUGAAUGCUGUGUCCAUUUUUAACCUGGACAGAGAACAGAAAGAAGGACUGGCACUCAGAGAGAAGGAUUUCAAAAGAACUGUCAUUCAGACUGGCUCUGAGGUAAUAUUGGUUGGAGCUGAGAGAAAGAAGAGAGAGAUCAGGCUGCCUGGGAGGUAUCGAGGAACUACAGUUUGGGAAGCCUCAGAGUUUCCAGAAAAUAUCAACUAUUUUAUGCCACCAGACCAUCCCCUCCAGCCAGAUUAUCCUGGUAUUCCAUUGUCUGAGGCCUCCAAAUACAUAAAAAAAUUCAGAUUGAACAUUCCUUGGUUUGACAUCAAGGGCAUCAGUAUAUGGUGCAUGGAUCAUAACUGUUAUGACUGCAGGUGUCUGACUGACCCCACAUUUAAUGACCCUAUUCAAGUGGAAUCUCCAAAGAAAAUUACCACUCCAAAAGCAAAACCUGAGAGCAGUCCAGGGAAGGGUGAUGAGUCUUUCACAUCCACACUGAGUGCAUUGGUUGAUUUUGAUGAAGCCCUAAAACAUAAGAUUUCAGAUGCUCCAUCAUCCACCAAUGACCUGGAACUUAAAGUUCCUUUUGUAGCGGAUGCUAACUGCAGUAUUAUGAAUAUCAUCGUUAACAAUUCAGAGACUAGACGUAAAUACACCUGGAAAUUGAAAGAAUGGUAUCAUCACACUGGUUAUUUCUCUGCUAGGACAGCUGGAUAUUCUAAGAACAAAACAACAGAGGAGACCAAGAACAUGACUCUCAGUGGCCUUGCUGCAAAAGAGACCACACCUGAACAGAUUGUUGAGUCUGUUGUGAGAAGCCUGAGGCAGCAAAAAGCAAAUGAUGAGUUGAAGUUGCCAUCAUUACCUUGUGAUAAUAACUUUGAACCAUUUAUGGGUGAUUCUCUAAUAAACUUGCAGAAUGCUAUAGGGUUUGACCCAGAAAACAUGAAAAAGCCUUCAGAAACUGAAACUGUUUGUUUGAAAAAGCAUUUGACCAGUGAUAGUGAGGAUACGCCCAUUUCCAGGCUAGAAGCAGAGUUGAAAAGUAAUAUUCGUUGCAGACCUCCAAAAGAUCUGAAAGGAGUCAUAAAGAGAAGAGGGAGUGGGCUAGCUGAGCCUCCCUUAAAGAAAAAACGCAUAAGUAAGUUUGAAGAUGGAUUACGAAUAGUCCAAGCAGGCAGCACCACCCUGCCAUUCCCCAAAGAAAACUACCCAGCCAACCCCACUGAAUAUUUAUCAUGCAGUGAAAUACGAGUUCCCAAGAAGACUUUAUCUUUGCUUGAGAUGAUGGUUGAUGAAGAGAAGAGAGGAGAACUUGAGCUUGAUCUGUCAUCUAACAUUCCUGGCAAUGCGCUGUUGGUUGCUGAAGCUCGCUUUAGGAAACUGAUCAACAUGAACAUUAUCGGAGUUGUUGGCAUCAAUAAAGCAGGAAGGUGCAUCAUUGGCACUGUUGACUCGGAUGGAACCCUCCAGGUGAUGCACCAGAUUCAAAACAUGAUCAGGAACAACACUCUUGAUGUCGGGCCAAACAUGCGGGAGAUAUUCUUCCCUCCACCCUAUAAUGGGAUAAGGCCAAGGUUUGUUAUGAUCAGAUGUGACUCUCAUCGUAAGUGGGAAAUUGUUGGAGUCGUUCAAAAGAAAGGACCACUCAGGGCUCCAAGCAGGGCUUCUGAAGUCAAGGCUAAAGCAACCCCAUCAACAAAGCCACAGGUCAUUGACUUAGAAGAAGAGGAGAGGCAGAAGCAGCUAGCAGGGCAGUUAUGUGACAUUAAGCAGGAAGUUAAUUUUGAUAUUAUUGAACCACCCUCCCCUGAUGAGAAAGAUGGCGGAGAUUGGGAAGGAUCUCUACCUAUGAUUGCUAGUGUUCACAGUGCCUCUGACUUUAAUAUGGCAGAAUUGAUAGGCUCCCCAGAAACCACUGAAGAGGAACCUAGAGAAUCUCACUUAGAAGAAGAAGAAUCACAAGUCACAAAAUUGAAGACUCCUCCAACACAAAAGGCUCUUCCUGACUUAGUUCCCAUAUCAUCAACUUCACUUCCCAUACCGUCACUUAGAGAAGAAGAGGAUGGUUUAUCUUUGGAAACACAAAUGACCAACAGUGAAAAUUCAUCACAGCAGAAGUUGUACUUCGUACCCACUGCUUUCAGUGUUCCUUCCUCAACCCUGACAACAGUUUCGAGUGUCAAUACAGAUAUGCCUAUGAAAUCAAUGACAUUGAAUUUGGCAAGUAAUAAAGUCUUUGGCGACAACAUAGAAAAGCUUCCACCGACCAAUUUAGAGAAGCUUCCACCGCCCAAUGUAGAAAAUCUUCCACCGCCCACUAUAGAAAAGAUUCCACUGCCCAAGCUAGAAAAGUUGCCACUUCCCAAGAUACAAAAGCUUUCACUGCCCAAGAUGGAAAAGCUUCCACUGCCAACAACAUCAUUAGGUAGCAAGAAAAUCAGCUACAUUUUGCCAAAUAUUUCAGGAUUAGGAAAAAUUGAUACCAUUGCACCACCAUGCACACAAGAAACAUCAAAAAAUGUUGCAGGAGAGCAUGAUACAGAUACUGGUCAAACUGUUGGGGCACCAGCAUCGUCCUCUUCCAAGAUGUUGUAUAUUCCUGUAACAUCAAGCUGUGUUUCAAAGGUUCUGUUUGUUCCCUCUGUUUCCAGUGGGUCUUCCCAACGGAUGAUGUUGCUACCUACUCUCUCGGGCACCAACCCAUUGGAUACUAGCAGCAGCAGCACCAGUAUUCCACCCAUAAACUCCACUGCUACAGUCACUACAAGUAAAAUGAAAAUGGUACUUGUUCCAUCGCCCCAAGAUUCCAGCAAAAUGCUUCUAAUUCCAGCUGCAAAAGAUAGCGGUGAUGGUGCUGCUGCUGGCACGUCAUCCAUAGGAAAUACUUUAAAUGAAGGAGAUAAGAAAAAAAUGCUGGUAUUAACACCUUCUGUCAUCAAUAAUUUAGUGUCAAAAGCGUCCUCAUCAGAUACACUAGCAACUGAACCAUACCAGACAACUUGCUCAGGCACUCUUUUUGUUCCAUUACAUAACACAGGAAUCCAUCCAACUAACUUCAAACUCAGUGAAACUGGAAAGGACUCUCGGCAAGAAUCUUCUAGCUCCCAAGAUAACUCUGAUGAAAUUGUUGUCCUCACUCCUACCACUAACAGCCUCCCUAUCACAGGAAAGAUGAUGACCUCUGAGUCCACAGCAGUUGAAGAAGAAUCUCCAUCUUUGUUCAGUUUAGCUCCAGUUGCAUCAAGCAGUGGAGUAGCUGAAACUAAUGUUGUCUCCUCAUUGACCACUAUUUCCAGCACAAUGCCAGAAAAUGCUUCACCUACCAAUGAUGGUAUCAAUCCAAAAGCAACAUCACAGGACAAGCAGCAUGUGCAUGCAGAUUCACUGAAUACAUUACUUAACAGAACUCAUGAAGAGAUGGUGACAGGAUCAGAGCCUAUUGAGGAAGGGCUUGCCAUUGAGUCAUUAAAGGAUACUGAAUGUGAAAAGUCAAAGGAUAAGCCACCAGUAACAAAACUCAUAAUUCACAGCCAAAAUCCUGAUGCAAAAAAGAAAGAGGAUACACUAGAUCAGGAAAAGAAGCAAAUACUCAUCAAGAAGGGUGGUUUUCAUUGGAGUGCUGUUGAUCUCUCCAUCAACUUCAAAAGUGUCAAGCUUGAAUGGCUUUUGGGCACUAUUAGGAAAAAUGUUCUGAUGAACAUCUAUCGCAUGUCCAAGACAACACAUUCUCCUGUUACACUGAGUGUCAAAAAUGGUACAUCAACCUCCAUGUUGUAUGGGUUUGCCAGAUAUGGCACCACCAGCACUCUGCCUAUACUGAUCCUAGGCUCAGUAGUUUCAGCUGUCCUCAGCUCAUCUUCAGUCCCUGAUUCAAUGCUCUUCCAAAUCAAUUCAAUCAAAUACUUUAUCAGGGAAAGUACUGGAGAGCUUUCUUCAUACACCUAUUCUAGUGAAACUCAUUUAGUUAAGUUAGCAUCUAAAAAGAGAGGAAAUGGAGGGGAAAUGGUGGGAGUUGGUGAACAAAUUGAAAUCUAUAAAUUGAGAGAUCCUGCUUAUCAAACACAGAUUGAAAAGUAUGAUAUAGAAAUUGGAAAGGCAAGUGGUUCCUUCAGUUCACCGCCAGGAAGCUGCAGCUGCACAGAAGCAGGGCACUUGAUGUGCAAAGGAUACUGUGCUUCAGGAUCCUCAUCAAAAUGGGGGAGAGAAGUCACAUCACGGCAGGACUCCAUUAAAGGCAGCAGCUCUAGAGUGACCUCCGAAGAUGAGUCACAGUAUGCUUCCCUGGGUCCUCGUGACACUUCUUUGGGUCAUAUACUUCCUAAGGAGGAAUAUAGGUUCCAAGGUAACCCAGGACUUCCUACUUUAAAGGAACUUCCUCCAGAGAAUCAGAGACAUAUUUGGAAUAAAUCAAGGAACAUGUCAAAAAUGAUGAAGAGAAAAGCUGGCGGAAAAAAGGCCAGAUUAGAAUCCCAUGCUCAAGCAUUUAAUGUGGAUUAUAAUCAGCCGAAUCUAGAAGAAGAGAAGAGUAUUAUUCCAAAAGUUGAGUGUGUGUCAGAAGAGGAAGUUGGUGAUAUUGAUGUGCUUGGGGACUUGGAGGACAGCCCUUCAAUACUGAGUGACCUAUGGGAGCAGUUGGAGUGUGAAACCAGUAAAAAAGUGAAUCCCAAUGUUGCAGUUCAAAAACGAUUAAGUUCCAUCGCAUCAUCUGGAGAAUCUUCCAAGAGGAAAGGUAUUAAGGUGCAGCUGGGUGGAUCUCCAAUGAAGAAGAUGAAGACAGGUGCGUCCUCAUCUAGGGUGGAGCAGCCUUGCCCACGCUCAAGAAAGCCAUCAGUGCUAGGGAAGGUGAGUCUGGGCAUUUGA